GCCAAGAUGGCUCUGUCAGUGGAUUCCUCUUGGUAUCGCUGGCAAGGGCAAGUUAAGGACAACUUCUUCCAGACUCCUUCAGAAUCUACCCCACUGCUGUCUGUGGCUAAAGAGAGACAGAGCUACAAUCUGAGUCAACAACGGAUCGUUUUUCCUAACAACAAGAUAUUUCACGAAGACUGGGCCAAAGUUUCCAAGUUUUACUCUGGCAACAGGAUUCAUACCACCAAAUACACCCUGUUCAACUUCCUACCCCGAAACCUCUUUGAGCAGUUUCACAGGUGGGCCAAUCUCUACUUCCUCUUCCUGGUGAUUAUUAACUGGAUGCCAUCUAUCGAGGUCUUCCACAGAGAAAUCACCAUGUUACCUUUGGCCAUUGUUCUCCUGAUCAUCAUGGUGAAAGAUGGCGUGGAAGACUACAAGAAAUACCGAUUUGACCGAGGGAUCAACUCUGCUAACAUUCAAAUAUAUGAAAAGAAGGAACAAAACUACGUGCAGAAGCAGUGGAAGGAUGUGCGAGUGGGAGACUUUGUCCAACUUCAUUGCAAUGAGAUUAUCCCAGCAGAUAUCCUCUUACUCUUCUCUUCUGAUCCCAGUGGAGUCUGCCACCUGGAAACUGCCAACUUGGAUGGGGAAACCAACCUCAAACAAAGGCGUGUUGUGAAGGGCUUCUGGCACAAGGAGCCUCAGUUUAAACCAGAACUCUUUCAGAACAAGAUCGUGUGUGAGAAGCCCAACAAUAACCUCAGUAAAUUCAAAGGUUAUAUGGAACAUCCAGAUCAGACCAGGACUGGCUUGAACAGUGAGAGUCUUCUGCUCCGUGGUUGCACCAUCAGAAACACGGAGGUGGUGGUCGGCAUUGUCAUCUAUGCAGGCCAUGAAACAAAAGCUAUGCUGAACAACAGCGGCCCACGAUACAAGCGCAGCAAGAUCGAGCGUCGGAUGAACAUCGACAUUUUCUUCUGUAUGGGGAUUCUCUUCCUCAUGUGCCUCUUUGGAGCUAUAGGUCACGGCCUUUGGAAGGGAACAUUUUCAGAAAUUCCCCCCUUUGAUGUUCCAGACGCUGAUGGAACCUUCCCCUCAAUAGCACUUCAGUGCUUCUACAUGUUUCUCACCAUGAUCAUCCUACUACAGACCCUGAUCCCAAUCUCUCUGUAUGUAUCCAUUGAAUUGGUGAAACUUGGUCAGGUUUUCUUCUUGCACAAUGACAUUGACCUGUACGAUGAAGAAGUCGAUCUAUCCAUUCAAUGCCGAGCCCUCAACAUCACUGAAGACCUGGGCCAGAUUCAAUACAUCUUCUCAGACAAAACUGGGACUCUGACAGAGAACAAAAUGGUAUUCCGCCGUUGCACCAUUAUGGGCAAUGAGUUUUCCCACCAAGAAAAUGCCAAACGUCUGGAGACUCAGAGGGAGCUGGAUUCAGAUGAUGAGGACUGGACCAAAUAUCAGUACGGGGUCUUGCCAGGCUUUGGCACAGUGAGAAGCCCAGGAGGAGCUAACCCCCUGAGGAGGAGCCAGAGUGCCCGUGCCCAUUUCCAGAGUCACGCUCGGAACAGGUCCGUGGGGAGAUGGGACAAUUCCCAGUCUCCGGUGGCCUUCAGCAGUACCAUAGAAAAAGAUGUGGCUCCAGACCAAGGUCUCUUGACGAAGGUGAAAGAUGCUGCCUUUAAACUGGAAACCCUGACAUCCCACAGGGUCACCAAACCUUCCCUCUCCACAGGCUCCUCCAUCACUGAUUUCUUCCUUGCACUAGCCAUCUGCAACUCUGUCAUGGUCUCCACAACAACAGAACCCAGGCAGAGGGUCACCAUCCCACCGCAGAUGAAGUCCCUAGGAGCUUCCCUAGAGAAGAUUCACCAGCUGUUCCAGAGGCUUAAACUCUCCAGUCUUAGCCAGUCCUUCUCUUCCACCGCUCCAUCUGACCUUGGGGAAAGUCUAGGGUCAAACCCCACAGUUGUAGAUUCAGACGAACAAGAUGAAUCAUCCGGCAACAGCUGUGGAUAUUCGACAGAUGCUGGCUACCAGAGCAGCUCCAAAGAAGAAGUCGUGGCCAAGCAAAACAUGGAGGCCAAAAGCCGCUCCUUGGAAGAUGUAUUGGACUCAGUAAUACCAGAGCCAGAAUUCUACUAUGAGGCCGAGAGCCCCGAUGAAGCUGCCCUUGUGCAUGCUGCCCGGGCCUACAACUUCACCCUGGUAUCCAGGACCCCUGAGCAAGUGACUGUGCGCCUGCCCCAGGGGACACUUCUCACCUUUGACCUCCUCUACACCCUGGGUUUUGACUCGGUGAGGAAGAGGAUGUCAGUGAUUGUAAGGCACCCCUUGACUGGUGAGAUCAUUGUCUAUACCAAGGGAGCUGACUGCGUCAUAAUGGACCUGCUGGAAGACCCUGCCAGAGACCCUGUUGCAGAGAAGAAGCUGAGAAAAAUCCAGGCCAAGACCCAGAAACACCUUGACUGGUAUGCGAGAGAUGGGCUACGAACACUCUGCAUCGCCAAGAAGGUCUUAAAAGAAGAGGACUUCCACAGGUGGGCCAAUUUCCGCCGAGAGGCUGAAGCGUCCCUUGAAAACCGAGAAGAGCUACUAAUGGAGACGGCCCAACGUCUAGAGACUCAACUCACCUUACUGGGAGCAACUGGGAUUGAAGAUCGACUGCAAGAAGGCGUGCCAGAUACCAUUGCUGCAUUGAGAGAGGCAGGGAUCCAAAUCUGGGUCUUGACAGGAGACAAGCAGGAAACAGCUGUCAAUAUUGCAUAUUCCUGUAAACUCUUGGACCAGACAGACACCGUUUAUACCAUUAAUACAGAGAGUCAGGAGACCUGCGAAUCGAUCCUCAACUGUGCUUUAGAAGAGGUGAAGAGAUGUUACAACACAAGCAAAGCAGAACACAAGUUUUUUGGCAUCUGUCUUCCUUCUCAGGAACUGUCUUCUCCCGUGGAAGCUGCAGGUCCAGAUAUAGGGCUGGUGAUUGAUGGGAAGACUUUAAAUGUCAUUUUCCAAGGGAAUCUGGAGAAGAAGUUUCUGGAGUUGACCAAGUAUUGUCGUUCAGUCCUGUGCUGUCGUUCUACUCCGCUUCAGAAGAGUAUGGUUGUCAAGCUGGUGCGGGACAAGUUGAAAGUAAUGACUCUAUCCAUAGGUGAUGGUGCAAAUGACGUAAGCAUGAUCCAGGCUGCCGACAUCGGAAUUGGGAUAUCUGGACAAGAAGGCAUGCAGGCUGUGAUGUCCAGUGAUUUCGCCAUCUCUAGAUUCAAGCACCUGAAGAAGCUAUUGCUCGUGCAUGGCCACUGGUGUUACUCACGUUUGGCAAGGAUGGUUGUUUACUACUUCUACAAAAAUGUGUGCUAUGUCAACCUUCUGUUUUGGUACCAAUUCUUCUGUGGUUUUUCGGGUACCACCAUGAUCGAUUACUGGCAGACGAUAUUCUUCAACCUCUUCUUCACCUCCUUACCACCCCUCAUCUUCGGGGUCCUAGAUAAAGACAUCUCUGCUGAAACCCUCCUGGCUCUGCCAGAACUCUACAGGAGCGGGCAGAACUCUAAGUUCUACAAGAUGUCAACUUUCUGGAUUGCCAUAAUGGACGCUUUCUAUCAGAGUCUCAUCUGUUUCUUUAUCCCCUAUUUGACCUACAAGGACUCUGACAUCGGUGUCUUUACUUUUGGAACACCCAUCAAUACCAUCUCCCUCACCACAAUUCUGUUACAUCAGGCGAUGGAAAUGAAGACAUGGACAUUCAUCCAUGGGGUCGUGCUCAUGGCCAGCUUCCUCUUUUACUUUGCGGUCUCCCUCCUUUACAAUGCCACCUGCGUUACCUGCAACAGUCCAACCAACCCCUACUGGAUUAUGGAGAGGCAGAUGUCAGAUCCCGUCUUCUACCUCGUGUGCUUCCUCACACCUGUUGUCGCCCUUCUUCCAAGGUAUUUUCUGCUGGCUCUGCAAGGGACCUGUGGAAAUUCACCCUUCCUGAAAGCUCAGAAACUGGACAGACUUCCCAAAGAGAAAAAGGAGCUGGCAAUCCAAGAGUGGAGGAGACAACGGGAGAGACUGUCUACAGCCCAGCAAGCAGCUCCAUCCCCUGGAAAUGCCAGCCUGGGCCACCUUCAAGUCCCCCAUUUCACAGAACAGGACCCCUGCCCAGGUCAUAUGGGGUAUAACCAAAGCUCACCUAGCUCUUCAGCAAGACCCUCCCCAGAUGAACACCUCUUGCAGCCUAGUGGAGCCAAAGCUUUUGGAAUGUUCAAGGGUCCACAGAUUGGCAGCCCAAGAGGCUCAAAGAGAGGGAGUCACCGCCGAUCCCAGAGCUCACUGACUGUAUGA